AUGAAGCCCACUCACGCUUUGGUGUGCCAUGAAAGAUGGGCGAGGCUAAUUUGUGAAGGCGAGAAGACCUGGGAACUGCGGGGUGUUUCCACCAGCAAAAGAGAGAGGAUCGCGAUUGCGCAGUCCGGCUCUUCAAAAUUGGUGGGAGAAGUUACGAUUGUUGACAGCGUCAAGAUUGCUGAGAAGCAACCAGACGGGUCGUACAAGUCUUGUCUGCCACUACCCCUUGGAAAGUUCGUGAAGUACCAUUGUGUGUCAGACCUCUCCAUCAUCAACUAUGCCUCUCUAUUUGCCUGGGUCCUGACAGAACCACACCUGUAUGAAUCCCCGCGACCCUACCAGCACAAAAAAGGUGCUGUAAUUUGGGUUUCCUUGACCGACUGCGCAAAAGGGCCUGGCAAAGUUCUCAAGAAACGCAAAGUUCGCAAAUAG